CAGCCCAGAGUUUCAAGCCCCAAACAUCCAGUGGCGAAAGAACACACUUCUUCGCUUCUCACACGCUUCUAUCUCUUUCUAGAAUAUUCUAAUAUUCUUUUCUCUUUUCAUUCAACUCACUGAGUGACAAAAGCGAGUCAUGGAAUCUAAACCCAAAAACAUCAAGCUUCUUUGUAGCUACGGUGGCAAGAUCCUCCCUCGAUCAACCGAUGGUGAACUCCGUUACGUAGGCGGUCACACCAGAGUUCUUGCUGUCGAUCGUUCAAUUUCGUUUUCAGAAUUGAUGGAGAAGCUUCGAGAAUUCUGUGGUUCAUCUGUGAAAUUAAGGUGUCAGUUACCAAAAGGAGACUUGGAAACGUUGAUAUCCAUCACCAACGACGAAGAUUUGGCUCAAAUAACCGAUGAAUACGAUCGUGCCUCGUUGAAAUUAACUUACCCAUUGAAGAUCAGAGCCGUUCUUUCUCCGCCAAAAUCGCUCUUGAAAGUUUCUCCCGAUCUGUCGUCUUCGUCGUCAAGUGCUAGUCGUUCUCCGUACAGAUCACCUUAUACUUCAUCUGAGUCUCCACCGUACGCGGCGGCGUAUCGAUUCGGACGUUCGCCACGGGCGCCGGUAGGGUAUUCUUUCGGCGCCAGGAAUGGAUCGGCGAAAGCUUAUUGCUAUACGGGCCAGUUCGAGAGAGGCCCAAGGCCCUUGUACUAUGGGCCUCGUUUUAGUAAUUACUGCCAUUAAGGAGAAAGCCCAUAUUUUAUUGAUAAAUAAUAUUUUAAUUACAGUAAAUACAUGAAUAAAAAACAUAUUCAACCAAGGAUCUAGAACAAAACUUUAAAUUUUUGAGAUGUGAAAUACGAGAAUUUUGUUCGUAUAAAUUUUGAGAUGUUGAUGAGGUUCUAA